AUUGCCCCGCACUCGUCCUGAUAAACAGCUGCUUUCCCCUUAUGGCAGUUCAGAGAGGUUCCUCCAAACUCGUCCGUUCGGGAUUUUCGUGAACAUUACAGUGUGCGGACGUUCAGUAUUGUCGUCUGGAAGAUGAAUUUUGGGUGGUAGUUUGGCUGAGUUGUGCUGAGGCGUCCUCUGCUCAACAUCUGGAUUAACUAUUUGGAGACUUUAGCUAACGGCUCGACACAAUCUCUGACCAUCCAGGCUUUCUUCCAGGAAAUAUUUAUUCUUUUUUUCUUUCUUUUUAUUUCAUUUUAAUUCAGUGCGGAAUGUAAUUCCUUGUGAUAACCGCAGUUUUGCGCCUAGAUUAUGCCUUCUUUAAAAUGGGUGCGAACAAUGGAAAACAGUAUGGAAGUGAGGGAAAAGGAAGCUCAAGCAUCUCUUCGGACAUAAGUUCGAGCACAGAUCACACACCAACCAAAGCUCCAAAGAAUGUGGCUACCACUGAAGGUCUGGACUCCAGCACACGGACGCUGAGCACCCCCAGCCCUGGCCUGAUCCUACCAUCCAAGUCCUCCUCUCUUUCUUCACCUGCGCUUUCCAGUAACGGCCAUGAAACCAACUCCUCAUCUUCCUCCUCCGCCCCUGCUGAGACUGUAGCCGUGGUUCACCCUCAGCCAGGCUCUCACACACGCUCCAGACCAUCCAAAAGCCACCACCUGGCCCUGAUUGACAUCCUCCCUGACCACACACUUCUGCAGAUCUUCUCCCAUCUACCCACCAAUCAGUUGUGCCGCUGUGCACGAGUAUGUCGCCGCUGGUACAAUCUGGCAUGGGACCCAAGACUGUGGAGCACCAUUCGGCUAACAGGAGAGCUCCUUCAUGCCGACCGUGCCAUUAGGGUCCUGACCCACCGACUGUGCCAGGACACCCCAAAUGUGUGCUUGACCCUGGAGACGAUGGUGGUCAGUGGUUGCAAAAGGCUCACAGACCGAGGGCUGCAUGUGGUGGCUCAGUGCUGUCCUGAGCUACGUCGCCUGGAGGUCGCUGGCUGUUAUAACAUCUCUAAUGAGGCUGUGUUUGAGGUGGUGUCCCGUUGUCCCAGCCUGGAGCAUCUGAAUCUCUCAGGCUGUUCCAAGGUGACGUGCAUCAGCCUGACCCAAGAGGCCUCACUCCAGCUGUCGCCGCUGCACGGCCAGCAGAUCUCCAUUCACUAUCUGGACAUGACCGACUGUUUUUCUCUCGAGGAUGAGGGCUUGCGAACUAUCGCUUCCCACUGCCUGCGCCUGACUCACCUGUAUCUGCGGCGCUGCACCAGACUGACAGAUGAAGCCCUGCACCACCUGGCGCUCCACUGCCCAUCAAUAAGGGAGCUUAGCCUCAGUGACUGCCGCUUGAUAGGUGAUUUUGGCCUGCGUGAAGUAGCCCGCCUAGAGGGUUGCCUGCGCUACCUGAGUGUAGCCCACUGCACCCGUAUCACAGAUGUGGGCAUGCGCUACGUGGCUCGUUACUGUCCUCGACUGCGUUAUUUGAAUGCGAGGGGUUGCGAGGGGCUGACAGACCACGGCCUGGGACACUUGGCCAGAAGCUGCCCCAAACUGAAGUCGCUGGAUGUGGGAAAGUGCCCGCUGGUCUCGGACAGCGGCCUGGAGCAGCUGGCUCUGUACUGCCAAGGCCUCAGGCGAGUGAGCCUCAGAGCCUGUGAGAGUGUGACGGGCAGAGGACUCAAAGCUCUGGCCGCCAACUGCUGUGAGCUACAGCUUCUCAACGUGCAGGAGUGUGAGGUGUCACCAGAGGCACUGAGGUUUGUCAGACGCCACUGCCGCCGCUGUGUGAUUGAGCACACAAACCCCGCUUUCUACUGAUUCGAGGGGGUUGCUUGUGUUGGCCUGUUGACAAGCAGAUCUUCUGAUAUUUCUGUUAUGGGAUUUAGCGGCUGAGGUAUCAGGACCGGUUAAAACUGGUGUGCAAUACUGCCCCGAACUACGUCUUUCAAGCUACACGGUGGUUGAAGAUGCUGAGCUUUGAAAAUCCUUUGUAGAAAUGUAUUUAUCAUAUUUAUCUGUAAAAAGGCAGAAAUUUCAGCAUAUUAAAAAGUCAAUGACAAUUUGUAUUGUAAAGAUACGCUACAACACUGAGCACUGGGGUACCAUUGUGUUACCAUUUUAAAAAUUUUGUAAUAUGUUUUAUUUGUUAACUUCAGCUUCACCUUAAAGGUGCUUUCACACUAAAAGCUGCUGCCUCCAUUAAUAUCACGACCAAAAAGAUAAUUCGUUCCCAUAGAAGUUUCAAUUUCAAUUUAUUUUCGUUUAUAUCGCGCCAAAUCACAACAAGGUUGCCUUAAGGCGCUUCACACAAGGGGUCUAACCUUACC